AUGGUAGAAAUCAACGAAAUUGAGUUUAUCGAAGAACCGGAGUACUUCAAACUCCAACAUGGGUCUUGUUUUUGCAUGGUGGAGGAGGAAAAGAAAAGAAAUGAAAACUUCUCCAGCGAGGAAAAAAAACUUGCGAACAGCAAUUUCACGAUAAGCAAUGCGAAGCAGAAGGGCCUCUACUUUUUUAAUAAAAAUUUAAACGUUUUUUCCCUGUCUGACUUUCUGUACAAAAUUGACAAUGAAAACAGCAAGGACAGCAAUGACAAAAUAAACAUAAAAUCGCAGCCCUUCGAGGAAAAUGUCCUCUUAAUUGAGAACGACAAAACGGACACGCAGGCCUUUUUGUACACGGAUCAGCAGAAUAUUUACGUGUUUGACUAUGGCAGCGAGAAGGUGAAGCUCCACUGCCGGGUGGACGUGCCGGUGCGGGGGCUCAAGCAUAUAGAUGACCACCUGUUCCUAGUUCUGAGCGCGGACGAACGAGUGCACCUCAUGAGGAACAAGCAGCUGUACGAGUGCCAAGAGUGGACAGACCAAGUGAACAACAUUGAUGAGAAAAACGGAGUGUUCCUUUUCACGUACUCAAAUAAAGAAGUGUUCAUUUUGAAAGACCGACAAAAAAGUAACACAUACGACUUGAGUAAAAUAAGUGAAGAAAUUAGUAUUAGCUAUGAAAAAUGCAGUAUAAUGUGUGCAAAAAUUUUAGAAGCUCAAAAAAACAUGAGGACACUCUUUCUCAUGGUUUUGUACAAAUACGAGGAGGAACUAACCACCAUUAUGUAUGACUUGCAGAUAGAACAGGACGAAAUAAAGAGAGUCACAUAUUCCACUAAUGAUUUUGAUUUCCAAAAUUUUGAAACAAAUUUUAUCAAAUGUAUUUACAUAAGCGAGUGGCAGACGGUUGUAGCUAUUUCCUCCGAGUCGUGUGAGGCGGUUGUUUAUACAAGAAAUGAAAACAUGACUUGGGAAGGAAGUGAUGCUCAGCCGAUGAGGGUAGAUCCAAACAUGACAGAGUGUGACAACUCUAGUGGAUUAAAAUUCUUGAGCAUAAUGGAAGGAUACAAAAUAAACACGAGAGACUCGGAAACGUUUUUUCUCUCCUUGUUUAUGUAUUCCAAAUAUGAAGACAAAAUUUACAGAAAGAGUAAAAUAGGGAAUGUCCCAUUUUUGAAGAAUCCCUGCGUUUUUUUUGCUCUCCAAGAUAAUCACAAAAUUGCAGUAGAGUAUUUAGAUAAGUAUAAGUUAGUGGACAAUACGGAUUUUUCUACCAACGCUGUGCAGGAGGGAGACACGAAUGAAUGCGGGAUGAAAGAAGUGACUGUCCUUCCAGAUUUGAAACAGGAUGUGAUAGAGGUGCACGAACAUGUCACCUCCAAUGUGUUUAAUAUAUUCAAAGUCAAGGAGAGGGUCACUAUGAAUAGAAUGGAUACAACCAAAGGUAACGAAGAGAUUGUGGAGACCAAAAAGGAAAGCUUCUUUGACCUUUUCCGCAGUAAGGUUAAGUUCAGUGAGGGGAAAGCAGAUGAUGACAAUGUGAAAAGUACCGACAAGGAGGUUCCUCCAGGGAAGGAAGUCACAUGUGUUGUGGGCCAACAAAGUAGCGUAAAUAUCGAGAUGGAUAAAACUUGUAAAGAAUCCCCUGUGCAUAGUGACCCCCAUGAGAGGGAUCGAAAGAAUCAACUAGCCAAAGAACGACAACAUCUGUAUAGAUGCAUUCGAAGAAGUACUAAACUGUACGAAGAUGAAAAUUUCAUUGUGAACGAGCUACCUGAUGGGUUCAACAAGCUAAUAAAAAAUGGGAUCUAUUUUUGUGAAGAAUUUUUAAAUCACUUUAAUGUGCAUUCCAUAGAGAGAAGGAAAGAAUCCAAAGUGGGUUCAAGGAAGAAGGAGUGUUAUUACGAUAAGGGAGUAGACAAAAUUGUGUUCUUACGUGACAGUGUCAUCGGAGAGGAGGUAGAUGAUGUGAGGGUAGAAGACGAUGAAGAGGGAAAAAAAAGUAAAAAAAAAAUACCAAAAAGGAACAGCAAAAAUGAAUUUUAUCACCAUUUUCAUAGCGAAGAUUUUGACUUUUACAAACACAAGAAGUUAACCAACCGUCAGUGCGAGAGGAUUAUAAAAAAAAUUCAACGUAGGCAGGGUUUCCUGCGCGACAUAAAAGGGAUCUUCUUCACUGAGGAGGAGGAGGGGGAGGAGGAAGAGGGAAAAAAUGAUGAAGCGAAACGAAAGGACCAAUCUGAGAAGAGGAUGCUUUCCCCUCACAAAGACGAACCAACGAAAGAUCCAUUCAAUAGGGACAUUCAAAUUCAUAUUUCAAAUGAAGAAAGGAGCAAAUUUUAUCAACAAUUAGAUUCCUAUUUUUCCAAAAGGAAACUCCUAAAAGUGAGGAAAGAAAUUUUCAACGACUUAAAAAAUGACCAGCUUGAUAGCGGACAUAUAUUCGAAACGGUCCUCUACAACAUAUUCAAACAAGGUGGAAUGAAACACUGUGAAGCGUUCAUUUAUUUUGUAUUAAAAAAUUUGGAGGUGCAGAUAUUUUCUAGUUCUUUUUUUUUACUCGAGUUGUAUUUUGUGCAUCUUCUCUCUCCGUACUUCAAGCGGAACAGAACAAACGCGCUUCCAUCAUGUGGGGAGAAGAACCCACCAAGCGUAAAGCUUCCUUCGUUAAAAUGCCUCUUAGGCAGCACCAAUUUGAGUGGAGCCAACCGGUUGAGUGCUCACCCCAGUUAUGACAACAAGGAGCAAGCAUCCCUGGACAGCGAGUACAGCACAGAUGACAUAUUAGAAGAUGACCUAUUAAAGAAAAUAAAAAAUGAGAAAGACUUUGCCAAAAAGAAUGAGUACCUUUCGAAAGUGAUUCCUUUGUUUAAUGAACCCACCAGCAGGGAAAGUGAAUGCACUUCGUUUCAUUUGAUGCACGCUGGCAUCCACUUUGCGAACAGGAGGAUGUGCCACGCCCUUUCGCAGAAGCUCUUCCCGAUUCUUGUGGAUAGCAGCUUGAACAAGAUGGACGACGAAUUGGGGCUAAUCAAAAACUACCUCUUCGACGUGGUUUUGAGCAGCAGUUAG